AUGGAGAACAGAUUAGAAGUUGCCAAGGACCCAGGGACGCUCCUUGCUCCAGCCCCCGACCACCCUCCAACCUUUCUUCCUGUCGCAACCUUUGGAAUCAGCCACUCAGCUAUCCUCAGCCUCCUGGACAGGGCAACACCGUUUUUUGAGCUUAGCUCCUUAACACUGAUCAACCACGAGUUCCCAGGUUCGUCAGAAUUAUUCCAUCGAGGUGGAGGCCGCCGUCCACCGCCUGUUCAACAUGCAUCUGGGGACACUUACCUCUCUCUGAGCUUCUAUUUCGACAGCAACAAUGGGACUCUGGACAGUGUGGGCCACAGUUUUCGCCAACUGGCUGACGAGAAGUGUGAGGGCGCCCAGCGUCUCUUGAAAAUGCAAAACCAGUGCUGUGGCCGCGUCCUCUUCCAGGAUGCGCGGAAGCCUUCUCAAGAUGAGUGGGGUAAAACCCAGGACGCUGUGGAAGCCGCCAUUCUUAGGGAGAAGAGCCUGCACCAGGCACUAUCAGAUCUGCGCGCCCUGGGUUCCGCCCGCGCAGACUCCCACCUCUGUGAUUUCCUGGAGAGCCGCUUCCUGGAGGAGCAGGUGAAACUCAUCAAGAAGAUGGGCGACCACCUGACCAACCUCCGCAGGCUGGCUGGUCCGCAGGCUGUGCUGGGCGAGUAUCUCUUUGAAAGCCUCACCCUCGAGCACAAACAGGAGUCUCUGAAGUCCAGCGGCCUCUGA